GUGAACAUCCGUGGCGCACUGACGCACCAAGUUCAGCACCAAAACAAGCCUUCAGCCGCGCACACACAGCGACGUGACCAUUGUGGAGUACAGAGUCAUGCAAGGGGACGCCUGCUGACAAGAAAGAAGCCCGGCUUGGAUAUUGGUCUUCCCUCACCUUUUGGAUAACUUGGAGAUUGUAAACGCUUCCACUGGACGCUUUUGACGCACGCCAACAAGGAGCUAAGGAAAAACUCCCUGGGAGUGAAGAAGGAUUUACAUAUGUUUUAGAGCUUUUUCCUCGUUUACCUUGUUGUAAACACUUUGGAAUAGGGAGGUUUUUUCUGUAUAGCAGGGUGUACUGGCUGGUGACGCGGCUGCCCUGGAGAAGCGAGAAGGAUGGCAGCUUGGUUCACCUUUACCAUCGCAUUCAGCACCACGUUGAUAACACAGGUAUUUGGAUCUGGUGUUUUUGAGCUUGAUCUCCACGAAUUUAAAAACCACAAAGGCUUGCUUGCAAACGGAAACGCAUGCAAACCCAACUGCAGGACUUUCUUUAGAAUUUGCUUGAAGAACUACCAGGCUGUGGUCUCGCCAGGUGACUGCAUCUUUGGAACUACAAUGACACCGGUGCUGGGGACAAACUCUUUCAGCGCCAAGGACAGUGGCACUUUCAGUAGACCAAUUAAAUUAGCAGUCAACUUUGGAUGGCCGGGGUCAUUUUCCUUGAUAAUUGAAGCCUGGCAUUCACCUUAUGAAAGUCUACCUGUAGAUACCACCAACCCAGACUUUCUGAUUAGCUUUUUUGCCAUCCAAAGGCAGCUGGGCGUAGGGACUGACUGGUCUCAGGACACGCAGACUGGGAAGCAGACAGAGCUAAGGUAUUCUUACCGGUUCAUCUGCAAUGAAAAUUACUACGGAGAAAGUUGUUCCAAAAAAUGCUCGCCCAGGGACGACCGAUUUGGCCACUACACCUGCACCCGUGAGGGGCAGUUAUCCUGUCUGCCCGGCUGGAAGGGGAAAUACUGCGAAGAACCUAUCUGUCUGGAGGGCUGCAGCGAGAGGAAUGGAAACUGCUCCAAACCUGGAGAGUGUGUGUGCAGAGAAGGCUGGCAAGGCACGUUCUGUGAUGAGUGUAAGAAGUAUCCGGCCUGUAAACACGGUACCUGCCAGCAGCCAUGGCAGUGCAACUGUCAAGAGGGCUGGGGAGGCCUAUUCUGUGACCAAGACCUGAACUUCUGCACCCAUCACCGUCCAUGUGUGAACGGCGCCACCUGCAUGAACACGGGCCAGGGCAGCUAUACGUGUACCUGUCUGCCAGGUUUCACUGGGGUCAACUGUGAGCUGGAGAUGCAGGAGUGUGACAGCAACCCCUGCAGGAACGGUGGGAUAUGCACAAAUCUGGAGAAUGGCUACAUGUGCUCGUGCCCCCAGGGUUUCGAGGGCUCCCACUGCGAGCACAGCUUGCUGACCUGCGCAGACUCCCCGUGCUUCCACAGUGGCAAAUGCUGGGAGAAGGACAAUGGCCGCAGCUACAUGUGCGAGUGUCCCCGCGGCUACACCGGACUCAACUGUGAGAAGAGAGUGGACAAGUGCACGUCGCUUCCCUGUGCUAAUGGUGGUCUCUGCGUGAUCCAUGGUGGGAUGCGUGUCUGUAGCUGCCGUGCAGGGUUUACCGGCCAACGUUGUGAAAUCAACAUCAACGAAUGUGCCGGUAACCCCUGCAUCAACGGCGGCACCUGCCUGGACCGAAUCAACGACUACAAAUGCGUCUGUCCUCCGGGCUACGCUGGACGCAACUGCGACCGAGCCCUGGACGAGUGCUCCCUUCGACCCUGCCUCAACGGAGGUCUUUGCACCGGGGGAGGCGGACCAGGCAAGCCCCCCGCCACCUGCAUCUGCCCGUCAGGCUUCACCGGGCCUCGCUGCGAGUUCUUCGCCGCCGUGACCUUUCCCUUGACCAACGGGGAGGUCCAAGAUGGCUUCCAGUGGGCGGCGGUUUCCCUGGCGGUGGGGCUGGUGGCCCUGCUGGUGCUGCUGUGCAUGGUGGGCUUGGCGCUGAGGCACAUCCACAGGCAGGCCCAGAGGGAGAGGGGAGACACGGAGACCAUGAACAACAUGUCAGACGUUCAGCGAGAUAACCUGAUCCCGGCAUCCCAGCUGAAGAACACCAACCAGAAAAUCGGCCUGGAGGUGGACUGCGACUCGGAGAAAUCAAACUUUAUCCAUAAAAACUAUCACUUGGACUCGUACAACUCGAAAGCGAAGGAGUUCAAGGACGACAUGUCGCAAGAGGAUAAAAGUCUUAUUUACGACAAGUGUUUAGAGGACAAAAUGCCCUUAAGUAGAAUGUACAGUGAAAAGCCAGAGUGUAGGAUAUCAACAAUAUGUUCCCCGAGAGACUCCAUGUACCAGUCGGUAUUUGUUAUAGCAGAGGAGAGGAGGGAAUGCGUCAUAGCAACUGAGGUAUAAAGCAUGGGAGGGGGUCUGAACGCGAGGGAACAAGGAGAACGACACAAUCGAGGCAGAAUGUCAUAUUCUGGAUUGUUUACAAAUGCUGAGAAGAGACUGGAGAUUGUUUUAGAUGUCCACUGCUGCUCUGGAACACUUGAGAACUGGAGAGGGCAGACCGUCUGCUCUGCGAAAGGAACUGAACUGAGAAAACUUUAUGUUGACCGAGUGUUUGUAUGCAAAACAUGUACAGUGAAGGACCUCUCUCAUUUGUGGCAAUGGUUAACUGGACUGGCGAAUCAACUGACUACACAAGGUGUGGAGACUGAUAGAGCGUCAGCAGAAUAAUGAAUCUUGACCGUCCUGGACAGCAUAAGGAGGUGAAGGUGGAUCAGUUGCCCCUCGUAGUUGAACUGGCCUUGUGUGAUAAUCAUGGUGACUUUGACAGCCAAUCAAUCAAACAGUCAAAACGGUGCCUGAGAUUUAACCCUUUCCAAUCCCGCCCCCCCCAACUCCCCCACACCACUCCUGCCAGCUUCGCCUGCUAUGCAAGACUCAGGGUCGAGAUGAGUGAACUCACCCACCGUCGAAAUCCAACCACACAAACACUGAGAGCUAUGAAUGUCUGAAAAUAAUCUCCAACUGUCAAUCACUCGAAAAUGACUGGUUGGACUUUUCCAUGCAAUGGUGAAGAUUGUAUGCAGCCCAAAUUCACUAGAAGCCUUAAAAGAGGGGGGGGGGGGUGGGAGGGGGUUUAAUGCUGAAUUUGUUCCCUUGUCUCUUCUUGGAUCAUUUGCACUACAAAAACAGUGGGGGAAAUACUUUUUAAUCAACAGGGAUUUGAAGAGAAAACCACAGGAGCGCAAUAGUCAGUGCUGUGCCAGCAAGAUCCAAGAGGAAGGGAAGUGAAAAUGUGCAUAGAAAAUGUUUUAUGCAAACCCAACUGAGAAAUACAGACUCAAAACGGGGAAAAAAGAAAAGACUGUCAUACCACUGCCUGCCUAUAACAAGUUUCAAAAAAAUACAGAACCAAUAAUGUAAGUUUUUUUUUUUUAAAUGAUGAUUAUUUCCAGAGUUUAAUUUAAAUAUGACACACUGCUCUUUAUAUGUUUUAUAAUAUUAUUUUGUAUAUAAUGCAUAUUUAUAAGGACCAAACUUCUGAAGAAUAAACUUCCUUCAAAACUGUUUUUAAUUUGAUGUCAGUGAAUGGAAAAAAAAAUAUUUUUGAGGUGUUUUUAAAUAAUGAAAUUGAGUACAAACGA